ACACUUAGAUUUUAUAUAAGACACUCCUCAUAACCCCCUAAAAAUAUUCACACACGAAUAAAACCCACAAAAACACCCGAGAUAUUGUUGACGUGCUUUCCCGAGAAGAACCAUCGCACCAGGCCUUCCUUCUGCUGCCCACCAUAGCGCCGUCAUGGUAAAGGUAUACAAACCAGGCCGGGUGGUGAUCCUGCUGACCGGCAAGCAGGCCGGCAAGAAAGCCAUCGUGAUCAAGAGCAACGAUGAGGGCACACAGGACCGCCCCUAUGAGCAUGGCCUGGUGGCGGGCAUUGAGCGGUACCCUCGCAAGGUCACCAAGAGCAUGAGCAAGAAAAAGAUUGCCCGCCGCUCUAAGAUCAAGCCUUUUGUCAGGAUUGUGAAUUUGAAGCACGUGAUGCCCACGCGUUACACCGCAACUGACAUUGUCUUUGACAAGGUUAAGAUCAACAAGGAGAUCCUGAAGGAUCCCGCUCGCAGGAAAAAGGCCCGCAGGAUGGUCAAGGCCAAGCUUGAGGAGAGGUACAAGUCUGGGAAGAAUCGCUGGCUCUUCCAGAAGCUUCGGUUCUAAAUAAAGAUAGAUUGAUG